AUGGCUCGCAUUACCAACCCAUAUGUCCUGACAGCGUUGGCCUGUACCGGUGGCCUGUUGUUCGGCUUUGAUAUCUCUUCGAUGUCAGGGAUCAUCUCAUCCCCCAACUAUCUGGUCUACUUUGGAGACCACACCAAAACAGUGGAAUGCCCUGAUCGACCGGGUGCACUCUGCAACCCAGGUCCCAGCGCCGACGUGCAGGGUGGUAUCACAGCCUCGAUGGCAGGUGGUUCCUUCCUCGCAUCCCUCUUUUCCGGUCUGCUUGCAGACCGCUUCGGUCGCCGCUCAGCCAUCUUCGCCGGUUGCUGCUUCUGGAUUGUUGGCUCCAUUCUCACGUGCGCAGUGCAGAACAUCGCCAUGCUCAUCGUCGGCCGUAUCCUGAACGGCAUGUGUGUUGGCCUCUGCUCUGCUCAAGUUCCCGUCUACCUCUCCGAGCUGUCGCCCUCCCGCAUCCGCGGUCGUCUCGUUGGAUGCCAGCAAUGGGCCAUCACUUGGGGUAUCUGCAUUUUCUUCUUCGUCUGUUAUGGAUGCAGCUUUAUCGGCAACAGGAUUGAUGGCGAACAAGAUGGACGAGGAACCGCCUCUUUCCGAGCUCCCUGGGGUAUUCAGAUGAUUCCGGCCAUCGUUCUCAUGGCUCUCAUCCCCUUUAUGCCCGAAUCUCCGCGCUGGCUCAUUGCAAAAGGCCGCAACGAAGAAGCUCUCGAGAUCCUCGCUCAGGUUCAUGCCAAGGGUGACCAGGACUCGCCUUUGGUUUUGGCCGAGUACCGCGAAAUCAAGCAAAACAUCGAGGAGAGCACUGGCGAAGGCUCGGGUUACAUCGACCUCUUCAGGCACGGCAACGCUUGGCGCACCCACAUCGCCAUGUUCACCCAGAUUUGGAGUCAGCUCACGGGCAUGAACGUGAUGAUGUACUACCUCACGUAUGUUUUCCAGAUGGCGGGCAUCUCUGGCAACGUCGCCCUCAUCUCGAACGGUAUCCAGUACGUCAUCAAUGUCGUCAUGACCGUACCUGCUCUGCUCUACGUCGAUCGAUGGGGUCGUCGUCCCACGCUCUUGGUUGGAACCACGUUGAUGACCGUGUGGCUCUUUGCUGUUGCCGGUCUCAUGGGUCAGUACGGUCACUACUUCCCGGACUCUGGCAACUCGGUCGUGCGCUGGAAGGUUGAAGGCCCUGCUUCCAAGGCUGUCAUCGCCUGUUCAUACCUGUUUGUUGCUUCGUUCGCCCCGACCUUCGGCCCGGUCUCUUGGAUCUACGUUCCCGAACUUUUCGGAAAUCGUCUGCGAGGAAAGAGCAACUCGGUCUCGACCGCCAGCAACUGGGCUUUCAACUUUGCCCUGGGCUACUUUGUCCCUCCCGCCUUCCACAACAUCCAGUGGAAGAGCUACAUCAUCUUUGGCUGCUUCACCGUCGCCAUGACGAUCCACAUCUUCUUUGCCUUCCCCGAAACGGCGGGUAAGACGCUCGAGGAGGUCGACGAGAUCUUCCAGUCCGGCAUCCCGGCGUGGAAGACCAAGCCGGGCUCCACCCGUCUUGCAAGAGACAUCGAGGCGGUCAAGGCCGAGAUGGCCUACACCCAGCAGGCUGGCACUCCGGCAAGCGACUCGGCCGACGAGAAAGAGCUCAAGGCGUGA